GCACUGUAAAAGUCACCAACAAACCAAAAGGCUGCUUGCCGCAGCUCAGCUAAUCGUUCAUUCAUCCCCACCAUAGAAAGAAGAGGGUCAUCCAAACAACAGGAGUUGUCCCCGAGCUCAUACCGUACGACACAGCCAUGGCGGACGAGACCUCGGAUAGACGGAAUCAAGCCCGCAUUAAGAUCCUCGAGCUCGCCAACAUGAUCAGCGUCCCCAUGUCCCUCAACGCCGCCGUCCGCCUCAAGGUCCCCGACGCCAUCUGGGCCGGCGGCUCCAACUCCCCACUCUCCGCCUCCCAGAUCCUCGCCGUGAUCCGCUCCUCCUCCUCCUCCUCUUCCGGCGGUGACCCUGAGAACCUGCAGCGGAUCCUCCGAAUGCUGGCCAGCUACGGCGUGUUCGAGGAGCACCUCGUCGGUUCUGGCGAGAGGAAGUACUCUCUCACGGACGUCGGGAAGACGCUCGUCACCGACGCCAACGGCCUGUCCUACGCCGACUACGUGCUCCAGCACCACCAGGACGAGCUGCUGAAAGCGUGGCCGUUAGUUCACGAGGCGGUGCUGGACCCCUCGGUGGAGCCCUUCGCGCGGGCCAACGGGGAGCCGGCGUACUCUUACUACGGGAAGAAGCCAGAGAUGAACGUGCUGAUGCUUAGGGCGAUGUCGGGGUUGUCGGUGCCGUUCAUGAGGGCGGUACUGGACAGCGGCUACGACGGGUUCGCCGGAGUUAAGAGAUUGGUGGAUGUGGGCGGCAGCGCAGGCGACUGCCUCCGCAUGAUCAUGGGGAAGCACCCCAACGUGACUGAAGGAAUCAACUUUGAUCUGCCCGAGGUCGUUGCUAAGGCUCCCUCUAUUCCGGGGGUGACUCAUGUUGGAGGUGACAUGUUCGAGUUCAUCCCUACCGGCGAUGCCAUCUUCAUGAAGUGGAUCUUAACGACGUGGACCGAUGACGAGGUCAAGUCGAUCAUGGAAAACUGUUGCAAGGCUCUCCCUGCUGGCGGGAAGCUGAUUGCAUGCGAGCCAGUUCUGCCGAAAGUCUCCGACGACAGUCAUCGGACGCGGGCCCUUCUCGAGGGAGACAUCUUUGUGAUGACGAUUUAUCGGACCAAGGGGAAGCACCGCACGGAGGAGGAAUUCCGAAAGCUCGGUCAACUCGCGGGCUUCCCCCAUUUCCGUGCAUUGUACAUCGAUUAUUUCUACACAGUGCUUGAAUUCCAGAAGUAAUUGAUAGGAAGGAGAAAGCCCUAGUCGCAAAUGCCCCUUUUAUUCGCGAGGAAUAAAGAACAUGGAUGACAGUACAAUUAAUAUUUCGAUUUUAUUACUGAUCCAUUCCCUGCAUCUUCAAGCACAUUCUAUCCUUGUCUGAUGCUAUGAUGAAAAAAUACCGAUCAAGAGGUCCGGGUUUCAAUUUAAUGCUACAUUCUUCUUCUAA